AAUAAUUACAUUUUCCAAGAAAAGUUCGAGCGUCCCACAAAAGCUUUUAAGCUAAAUUAUUGAUAUAAAAAGAAACUUUUUCCAUGCUUAUUUAAGUACUUAUUACCCCUCAAACGCAGCCAUCAAUAUUUCAUUGGCAUAUCAUAAUUCAUAAUUCAUACCAUGGAGCCUGCAAAUAAUUGUCUUCUUCUUCUAUUAUCAUUUUCUCUUCUAUUUUUCUUCAUACCGGCGGCAAAUUGCUCGCUGGAUUCUUUCCUCUACGGCGGCUGCUCACCGUUAAAAUAUACACCCGACUCCCAGUACGAGUCAAACCUCAACUCACUCCUCACCUCCCUGGUCAACUCAGCCACCUACUCCCCCUACAACAAGUACGCCAUCAUGGGACCCACCCCGCACGACGUCGUUUACGGGCUCUACCAGUGCCGGGCCGACCUAGCCAUGCCCGACUGCGCCACCUGCGUGGCCCGAGCCGUGACCCAUCUCGGCCCGCUCUGCUCCCAGACCUGCGGCGGCGCCGUGCAGCUGGAGGGCUGCUUCGUCAAGUACGACAACGCGUCGUUCAUCGGGGUCGAGGACAAGACGGUGGUGAUGAAGAAGUGCGGCCCGUCGGACGGCUACACCGCCGACCAGAUGGGCCGCCGCGACGCCGUGCUGGCGGGGCUGAACGGGGCCGGCGGCGCGUACAGGGUCGGCGGGUCGGAGGACGUUCAGGGGGUGGCGCAGUGCGUCGGGGACUUGAGCAACGGGCAGUGCCAGGACUGCUUGACGGAGGCGAUACGGCGGCUGAAGGCGGAGUGCGGCGGCGCUGUGUUCGGGGACAUGUUUCUCUCCAAGUGCUACGCGCGGUACUCCACCAGUGGGGCCCACGCUUAUACGAGGUCAAACGACCACGGUUCCUCCCAUAGCGAUUCGGAGAAGACAUUUGCAAUCAUAAUUGGAUUAUUAGCUGGGGUUGCACUGCUAAUCAUCUUCCUUACUUUUGUAAGAAGGAUUUUUGGGGGAAAUGGUAAAUAAAUAAAGAAAUUAAAGGGGGGGAAAUUAGCCACCCUUUUGAACCUGAUUUACUUUAAUUUGCCUUUUCAUUUCUGUCCGAAAAGGAAAAAACUUUUAUGUAAGAAAAAGAUAAAUACAAACUUAGUAGAGAAGGGAUUGUAAUUUAGGCAAUUGUCAUUUCCACCCCUUCUCCACUUAACAAAGUUUGCCUUGUCUAAUGUGAAGAAACUAAAAUGGUAUAUUCUUUGUUUCACAAUUAAACUACAUUUGAAUAUUAUCUUUAUGUAAUUUCUCCUUUCUAGUAAUACAAUUGUAUUUUUAAUUGGGCUAA